AGGAAGUAACUCGUUGGCAGUUAUCGCCAGGUUGGUCUGAGGUGAUGUGGUGAACAACACGUCCAGAGAAACAAGACUGCGAUACAGAGAAGGACAAGAUAGUCACUGUUGUGACAUCGAUAGAAGCAAGACAGAGUUUUCAUCUCUGAGAGACAAAGUCGACAUUUUCGCGACAUCAAGAGGGACAAGAAAGACAACUUAAUUUGUAACACAGAAGGAAGCAAGAUAAAGUUUUAUAACAUCGAGAUAGACGAGGCGAAUCAUUUUGUGACAUCAAGAAGGAAAAAACAGCAACUUUAUAACAUCGGGAGAACAGGGCAGAGAUUCUUUUACAAUAUUGAGCAGAUAAUUUUGUGACAUGAAGAGGGACAACACAGGCAAUUUUGUAACAUCGAGAGAAGCAAGACAGACUGCAACAACAAGAACCGGGAGGAAGCAGAUCUUUUGCGACACCGAGAGGGAUGAGACACGCAAUUUUACAACAUAAGGGACAAGAUAGAACCUUUUGCGGUAUCGAGGAAAGCAGGACAGACUCAUUUGCGAUUCUACCCAGUCUCCAACUCCUCUACUCAAUCCCAUUCUCUGAACAACCUUAUUGUGUGGAAAACUGCAGCUCAUUCCUCAGCUAGUGUGACUGAUGGUUGCAGAUUGCGAGUGGAAAGGAAAAGAUUAACCUCAACGUUGCAGUGGGUGAAUAGAUACCCGAGUUGCAUUCAGAUUGAAAUUACCUUGAUAUUCGCAUCUACGUUGUCCAGCUACUAAAGGAGAGAGUGAAACGAGCAGUACAAUUUCUUUUUUCGUAGAUGUUAAGAAAAUGCAACUGGUCCUUUUUUAAGAAAUUAAUGAUACGAAAGUACCAAAUUUACACAAAAAAUCAGUUGAAGCUUGUUAGUUGAAGCUUGUAUAUGCCCUCUAGAACUUGAGAGAGAGAGAGAGAGAGAGAGAGAGAGAGAGAGAGAGAGAGAGAGAGAGAGAGAGAGAGAGAGAGAGAGAGAGAGAGAGAGAGUUAUCAUUAAGAUGUCGUUGAUGCAGAGUUAUGAAAGUCAUCACUCACUUCGAAACUAAAAAAACUUAACUAUGAAAAUACGGCGACGCUCAUUCUUAUCAGCACUCAUUAUUAACAUGCAGAACAUUUGGUGGAGUGUGCUGCUGAUGCUGGUGACGGCCAGUGCUGCGGGAAGCAGAGGAGAACCAGUCAUUUAUAACAUAUCCCAAUUAUCUGAGGCAAACCCCACAGAAGACGAGGACAAUGUAACUUCGGGAAAAUAUGAUGGUUACUUUAUGAAUGGUAAUAUGGAAGAGAGACUGUUGACUGGGAAAUAUGAACACUUUAUGGACGUUACUACAGAGAUUUUACCAAUGCCUGAGGAAUAUAAUGCGUUUAUGAAUGUCACUACAGAGAGAAAACCGACGACUGAGGAAUAUGAUGGGUACUCCGUGAAUGCUCCUGCAAAGACGGUGGGGAGACUGUCCACUGAAGAAUAUAAGAAGCCUAUGGAUGUUACCACAAAGAGAACACCGUUGACUGAGGAAUAUAAUGAGUACUUUGUGGGUCCUGCUGCAGAGGAGAGACUGUUCACUAUAGAAAAUAAUACGAACUGGAUGGGUUAUGAUACAGAGGAGAGACUGCCCACUGAGGAAUAUGAAUGGCACACUAUGGACAAUACUACAGAAGUUGUCUUGCCUGAGGACCUGUUAUGCUUUUGUCCUUACGAGGGGGAGUGCACAAGUAACAUGCUGGGAAGCACCUACGUGAUUAGAGAUGUCUUCAAAAACAGUGCUGCCGACAACAUAACAUCAGCAAUUGACUACGUGGACAACAACCAGUGCCUUGAGGAGGAUGGCUACCGCAGAGUUGCCUUGGAGACUGUGGAGGAGCUGAAUUUCUUGGUGGAAUGUAUGCUCUGCAACUCAAAAACCUUCUUUGGUAAUUCCCAGAUGAAGAAGAACAUCAUGACAGCUGGGUUGGUGGAGGUGACUCAGACAGGGCUGCGGCCUCACCAAGUACUUGAAACACAUGCCACUUGGAAGGUUUGGGACGAAACAGUGGACGGCUCAGUGCCUGAGGAAGUGGUUCUGCUUAACUCUGUGAAUGGCACCCCAGUGGACUCGGAGGAACCGCUGCGUGAAGGAACGUACUCCAUCUUCUUGGUUGGGGAUUUAAAGCUCCACUGUAAUGAAGGUAGCAAGAACUACAUCAGGUGGGGUCUCAUGUCACACGAAGCAGUUGGGCUGGAGGAACUUGUUGGUUAUGUUGUCUGUGAAAAAAAAGAUGUGGUGUCUUCUGCUUUCACUCACACCACCAAUACUGAUACUGCUAAUAGUGCUGUCUCCACCUACACUAAUACCUCAUCUACACCUGACCCGACUACCAGUGUCUCUCCAACUACAUCCAACCCUACCAUCAGUGAAACUCCAACUACAUCCAUCCCUACCAUCAGUGAAACUCCAACAGCAUCCACCCCUACCACUACUGAAAUUUCAACUACAUCCAUCCCUACCAUCAGUGAAACUUCAACUACAUCCAUCCUCACCACUUUCUUUUCAACUAUAUCCACUCCAAUCACCACUGAAACUUCAACAUCAUCUGGUCUUAGCAGUACUCCCAUCCCCACCUUCACCACCACCAUCACCCCCACCAGCACCACCAUUCCCCCUAACACUGACACAUCUACUCACACGUUCCCCACCUCUGCUCUUCCCAGCACCACUACUUCCCCUAUCACUAGCUCCACUGCCCCCACCACCAUGUUCCCCAUCACUACUCCCCCCAGCACCACUGCUUCCCCUUUCUCUAGCUCUGCCACUGACACCACAAUCCCCACCACCACUACCUCUACCACUGACACCACUACCCCCACCACCACCACCCCCAUUCCUUCUACUACCACUACCACUGACACCACCAUCAGCAACACUACCCCUUCUGUCACCACCACCACCAUCCCAGUUACCACAACACCCAUUCCUACCACUACAACCACCACUACCACUACUGCCACUACUACAACCACCACCACCACCACCACCACCACAUCUCCUACUGUUCCCAUUAAAGAAUGUUGUCACCUUUCGAGUGGGGCCUUGCUGUGUCCUGGGUCAGCACUGUCUGAGAGUUGUCCGUCUGGUUACUCUGGCUUUCGUCGGGUCAUAUGCGAACAUGGAGAAAUACAGGAGGUUGAGGAUCGCUGCAUUGCUGACUGGAUCAAUGAUGUUAAUUCCAUGAUCAAUGCUGGCAAUACAAGUGUGGUGGACAUUGCUGACAUUGUGCAGAAUAACACAGACAAGGACUCCAACAUCACUGGCACCGACCUCACCUGUAUAGUGUCCAUCAUCAACAACAUGACCAGUCUGCUAGAGCUGGAGAUUGCAAACUCGACGGAUAGUGAUGCUCAGUCCACACAAGAGCUGAUCCAGAAUUACACGACCAAGCUGGUGAGGAUAGAAGGGAAUCUCUUCACCCAUGAAGCUGUGUGGGAUAGUCUUGGCAAGGAGAAUUCAAGUCAACUGGGGUCAUCUCUUCUUCAUGACCUUGAGAAAACAGGCUUCAUUUUGGCCAGUCAGGUUGAGAAUGACAUUCUGAACUUCAGUGACUCUCUUCUGAACUUCACCGUCCUCUCCAGACCAAGGAAUGAGUUGGCUGGCAGUGAAGUGUACUUCCCCGGGCAAUCCUCAGACACAUUCAUCCGCCUGCCAGAGGACUUUGAGAGUGAGCUUGAGGGGACUCAGGGCCGGUUGGUGGGGUUCUUCCUGGACCAGGGGGCUGCCUCCCACGCCCUUCCUGCCGCCCUUAAUGCCCUCCCCAACAAAAUGGACCCCAAGGAGAUCAAUGGUCUUCUCAUUAGCAUGACUCUGGGCUCUUUCAAUCACUCUGUGUCUUUCCACGAGGGCAGCCAGGUGUCUCUUCGCUUCAAGCACACCUACAGGGAGUCUGGGCCCUACUACAGGGAUCUGUACCGGGAACGUCGAGAGGGAGAAGUGCCCAGCAGGAUUCCAGGAUCUGCUGCGUGUGUUUACUGGGAUCCUAAUGCAAGCAUCUGGGUCAGCAAUGGCUGUGUGCUUGUCAACACCAGCCGGGAUGUGACAUACUGCAACUGCUCCCACCUGUCCAUGAUCUCAAUUAUCACUGAUGUGCACCAGUAUGUGGGCCGAGAUUUUGCCUUAGAUGUGCUGGGAACAGUGCUCUCCUCCCUCUCCUGCAUCUUCCUUCUUCUUGCUACAUGCAUCCUCCAGUUCUGCAAGGGUGUGCAGCCUAGCCCACGCAUCUCCAUCACCAAGCAGUUAUGCGUCUCCCUCUUCUUGUCCCAUCUCUUCCUCAUCUUCUUCCUUGACAGGGACAUCCUCAAGCUCUCUGAUGUGGGCUGUGAGGCAGUGGCUGGCAUGCUGCAUUACCUCCUCACUGCCAGCAUUUGUUGGAUGCUGGUAGAGGGCCUGCAGCUCUUCCACACUGUCCACUUCACUCUCGACCCAACAAGUUUCAUGGUUGUUUAUUGGAUGAUAGGAUAUGGGGUGCCAUUGGUGGUGGUGCUGGUCACACUGCUUGUCUCCUUCGGGUCCUGCCAGUGGAAUACGCAAGAGGCUUAUGGAGACAGUGAGUACUGCUGGCUCACUGCAGAGGAAGGAUACAUAUGGGCAUUCACUGGGCCCCUGGUGGUGGUCAUUGUGGCCAAUGCCAUCUUCAUGGUGAGUGCCCUUCGCUCCGCUGCCAUCCUCACGGCAAACAAGAGGAAGUCCCUGCACCACCGCAUCAUGUUGUACAUCAAGGGCAGUUUCUCCCUCAACUGUGUCCUGGGAGUGACUUGGGUGUUUGGUCUCCUCUACAUCAACAGUAACCACUUCUUUGCCUAUGUGUUCACCAUCCUGAAUGCCUCCCAGGGAGUGAUGAUCUUUGUGUUUAACUGUGUGCUGAAUGAGAAUGUGUGGACAGCAUUCAUCUCUUCCCUGCCUGCCACACUCAGACGACGACUCACAAAGAGGGCUUCAGACAAAGGACUAACAUCUGGCAGGGUAACUUCAGGGGGCUGUAGUACCCUAAACAAGCCAAGCAGCUCUCCUGUCCACCACCACAGCAGUCUUCAGCCUCCACCUCGCAGAUCCCGCCCCACCCAUCAGACAGUGCAGCUCAAUAAUUCGCAUCUCAUUCCCCUCGGCCACCAACAUCACCACCAUGACCUUACCAGCCUCAGAUCCCAGACAGAUAUGAUGGAACUUGAUAGCAGCAGGCAACGGUUCCCCUUGGCUGGGGACACACAGUACUCUGCCUCCUCCAGCUUGAUGUACAGGAGUCAUGACAGAAGCCAAAGGGAGGAAGAGAAGUGGCACUAUCCUUCCUUCAAUGCUGAUGUGCUAAGUGAGGCAUUCACCAGUGUGGCCUCCUUACCCCACAAGCCACCGAGACACACUGCUCGUCCACCCCAGGAAGCUGUCAGGCGAGGCUCAUUGCUGGCAAGGGUGUCGCUGUCAGACCACAGAGUCUCCAGAAGGAAGGACAGCCAGUGGUCAGCCGAGACACAGAUCUCAUUUAUAUCAGAUGGAAAAUCCAGCCGCAAAAGCUCUCUGGACUCCUCUUACACUGAAGGUCAUAAUUCUUCCUCUCCAUCUUCCUCUGCCUCCUCUUCGCCCUCAAUCAAUUGCCCAUCAAACUUCCUCAGCAGCUUUGAGCAGUCCCAGAGGAUCUACCCCAGCCACAGGGACCUAAGCAGCCCUCACCUUGCUCCCACUGAUGAUGUGCAGCGCUUCAUCCACACCAUCCCAGAAUGUGAGGAGAGGAGCCCUUCUUCUGAAAAAACCUUCCAUUUUUCCUAAGCUGUUAUAACCAACUGGACUUAUCAUUGAACAAAUGUGGUUCUUUUGAGCACUUAUUGCAUGGCAGUGUGGUUAUAGGUAUUUGAAGAUAGAAAGAACAUGUAGGUCCAGAUUUGCAUAAAGUGGGAAUGUGGCAACACUAUUGCAUACUAUUGUGUAGUAUACUGACCUGUGCUACCCAUGAUGCUGGCUGAUCUUUUUGCUAGUGUAGAGAUACAAGGCAUCAGGUGCCUACACAUCUAUUUUCUGCCUAUUGUAAAAGGUGACUAGAGGUCCCUUCACAUACAUCAGUAACAAAUCAGCUCUGUCAGUUCAGCACUUUAGUGUCGGUGAAAAAAAUAUCGCUACUUUGAAUUCGGCUGAGUUCACAUACAUCUGGCACAGUUAUGUGUUUUGAGUCUGUCAGUUCUGUCUCCAUUCCAUGAAAAAAAAUAUUGUCACCACCUAUUUCCUUGUGUUUUACAGACACUGGAUGAUUGCUGUGCAUGAUGAAUGCACUUUCUUUUUUCUUCCACGCCUCACUUUCAUUUCUUCAGCUUAUGCUCAGCCUCUUCCUCUUCAUCAAGAAUUAUUGCAGCCAUUGCUAAUUCAGUGUCUUGACCAUCUUGUAAAUCACUGACACAGUAUGGAUGUGUGUGAAGAAUUGUCACUGAAGCAUCACAGAUUUCACUGACACUGAACAGACAUGGAACUGAUAUGUCACUGAUGUGUGUGAAUGGGCCUUAAGAGGGAUGGAACACAAGGACCUGGGAUCUUCAAAUUGUUCCUGUGAUGACACAAGUAUGCAUCGUGAGCAGACAAUUCACUUUUGCCAGCACUCUGGAUUAGAUGCCUCAUCUUUGCUGCCUUCCCUUUAUGCAGAUGUCAGCCUGCUAGACAGGUAUAUGUAUAUUACAGAAUCCUGUGAGAAAAAUGAUUUUGCUUUAGAUUUGCCUUAUCUGAAUUUGCUUGAGUUGAGAUCUGAUAGGUUAUAGUUAACUAGUCUCACUCUGUAAAUAAAAUAAAUUUUUCUUCCUUUAA